AUGGCGAACGCGGAAUCACGUCUUAUGCCGAACAAGUGUCUAGAUAAAAACAUUUCGCGCUUGACGAGCUUUCCUAUACCUGGCUCUUUGUCUUCCACACUUCAAGAAUCUAAGAAUUCGAACUCGGCAGUACCGCCUGCUAAAACGUACUCUUCUCUCGCGUCAGCGAAAAAUCAGUAUUGGAUGCCAGACCAUCUCUGUAAGGUAUGCUACGAAUGUUCCACAGCUUUUUCGCUCUUCCGACGGCGCCACCAUUGCCGAUUAUGCGGACAAAUUUUUUGUUACGAAUGCAGCAAUAAUUUUAUUGAUGGAACACCCCACGACUUUCCGAGCGCCAUUCGAGUGUGUACUUUUUGUCUACAAUUCGCGGAUGAAACAGUAAAAGGAACUACAGAGGUAAUGAUCUCGAGGCAGAAUUUAUUACAAAGUCCGAGUAGAGCUGAGAUGUCAGAAGACUCCUUAAUGAGACAAUCUGACAAAUUUUCAUCUCAUUACCAUUUCGGACUAGUGGAUAAUAGAAAGCCUUCGCCGCUUGUUUUCGUCCCCCCAAAUCACAGAAAUGAAGUUUCUUCGCUGCUAUCCCCGGUCGACACCAAUAUCAGUGAUUCUGGAGAUUUACAGCAGUCUGCAGAACUUACAACCCUGGUGAUCAAUCCAGCCAAAGUGUUUUCCGGAUCAACAACACAUCAGAAACAUCAUUCUCAGGCAAACGCCCGAAAUAGACACUUGAGCGCGGAACUCUUGGAUGCAUUUGAAAGUGGCGGGCUUAUGGAAGUCGAUGGGAUUACAUCAAAAAGCGGAUAUUGUACCGAUAUAAAAGUACAAAAGCAUCUAUCUAGCUCACAAGGUAGAAAUCUCUAUACGCAACGAGAGAUCGUAUUGGAUAAGUACAUGCACAUCGCCCAUGAUCGGAUUCGCGACGGUAUCAACAAAAUACUGUCAGCAUUGUCGAACGGCUUAUCGGAACUUGAAUCCUUUGACUUAGAUCAGCUAGCAUCAACGCUGGAAGAUAUGGCGUUUGUUGUUACUGGCCAUCUUCUCUUCAGCAUGAAGUUUCGAUCGGCUAGUGGUUUUAAUUACUCAAACCUUGUCAAAGUGAAAAGUAUUGCUCUGCCCGCCACGGUUCAGACGAAGCAGAGCUACAAUUUCAAAUGGCUGGCUGGAACUGUUUGCCACAAGCACUUAAGUCACAAGCAAAUGGCUCGGCAGAUUGUAAAUCCUCGCAUAAUGCUUUUUGGAUGUGGAAUAAGUUACGAUCGCUCAAACGGUGCUGGGCGUAUGAGCUCAUUAGACACUCUUCUAGAACAAGAGCGAAGCUAUAUGGCAAUACUAGUCGACAAAAUCACGGCUCUGGAGCCAGAUGUAAUUUUUGUGGAAAAGACGGUUUCGAGAUAUGCCCAAGAGCUCUUAUGUGAACGCCGCAUAGCAAUUGUUCUAAAUGUCAAAUGUGAGGUGUUGCGUCGAAUUGCACGUCACGUCGGGGCCAAAAUAAUACCAACUGUGGAUCAUGUGGAUAAAGUCAAUCCUGCACAUGUGAUUGGUCAUUGUAGGUCCUUUGUAGUAGAGUCGAUUCCUGUAAUUUCAGACGAGGGACUAUCAAUAGUGCAUCAACCUUUGCAGGCGCUUGCUGAUGUCUCUAUCAAAGCUCAAUCAAUACCAAAUCGCUUGCGGACGGACACAUAUUUGUAUCUUGAUGGAUGCGAUCCGCUAAAUGGUUGUACAGUGCUAAUUACUGGACCGUUAAAGCAAUCCUUGCGAACAUUAAAGCGGAUGACCCGUUCAAUUUUAUCGAUGACGUAUCAAUUAUUGCUGGAAGCUCAUGUUUUGUCUGAUUUCAAUUUAAGUGAUAGUCUUGGAACUACCUUUAUCGAAACACAACGGUCCAUUUGGUGCACUACAUCAACCCUACGAGUUUGUGAUCCUGGAUCUGCCAAUCCUCGGUAUCAUCAAUGCGCAGAAGCCAAGCAUCUUUGUAUUACAGCCUGCUCAGACGAAGAUGUAUCAUUUGGCAAUUUUCUGAUUCAAGAAUUGUCUGCUCUUUCUUUGAAGUGCCGGAAUGUAAAAUGCAGUUAUUUGAUGGCAAAUCACAUCCACACAUUCAGCUGCCGGACUGGAACUAUCGUCAUCUCGUUUGAAGAGUUGACAAAUCUGAAUAAGCAGUCUUUGCCCAUCUCAAAGGGUCAAGUUCAUGACACUGAAGUGACAGAACAUAUUUUGACCUCAUCUAGUGAGCUGUCUCGCACGAUGGGAUCCGGACUGAAUGCAAGCUUACUGACGGCAAAAAGUUUAGCAUCCAUCAAUCAGACGACAACGCACGAAGAUGAUUGUGGAAUAGCGACGGAUGACAGGUUUCCUGCAGUAAUAUUCUGGCGAUGGUGCCGCGAAUGCAAAAGUUACAUAUCACCAUUCAUACCUUUGAAAAGGUAUAUUUACAAAUAUUCUUUUGCAAGAUUUUUAGAGGUGCUAUUCAUGGAGGCUGAAGGCUCCUUGCUACCGAUAUCAUCGUCAUCCACAUGUGUCCAUACGUCUCUGGAAUCACACGUACUGUUAUUUAGCAUCGGCAACUCAGUUGCGCGCUUUGAUGUCAAAAAGCAGGUAGUACUUCGUCUCAGUCGUGUCAAAUCAAACUGCAGCACUGAUGAGUGUUUUUCAUGGGAGAUGAUUGAGCGGGCUGCUGUCAAUAAAGAAGUUGUCACUCGCCUCGAAAGCCUGAAGUGGCAAUUAAAGUCGAUUGUUGAAUCGUUUGAGAAGAAAGUGCAGGAGAUUUAUCAAGCUGUUGAUGCUCUCGAGCUAUCUGAUUUUGAUCAUCAUCACGCACGACUCAUUCUCGAAAUCAUGUGUAUAUCCAAAAUAUUGCGCAGUGGUCAUGCAACUUUUACUUGUAAGUUUACGCAACUAGAACCUGAGUCUGCGAGCAGCUUAGCUGACUGCGAUGCCACUCAACGCGCCUUAUAUGUGUUUGCAUGCAAAUGGAUUACAUGCAUGGUCCGACUUCGCGAGAUAAUUAAGCAGCAUCUGUCACCCGAGCCGGCUUCUUCGGUUCCCAUAUGUAAUUCGUCCACGCCCGGAGGCAACACAUUUGAUCCUGUAGAUAUUCUGGCACCUAUGAGAUCUCAUGAGGAAUUUGUAUUGACGCCUAGCGCCAUCGCACAAAGGCCUCACUGGAUUGAAGGAUCACAGUCACUAGCCCGAUGCAGAAGUAGUGCAGCUCUCUCUUCUCUUAUCAAGCCAGAACCGUCAACACAGAGUGCAGGAUCGUUCUCAUCAACAAUUGCAAGCUUUGACUCAUUUAAGCGACUAUCAAUCCCGUACACUGGUAGCACCACAGGUGUUGAUGUCGAAAAAGAGAAAUCAGGUCGGAAAGAUGCAUUACUAGAUCUCUACCGAAUUCUUGGUCAAUCUGACCCACAACAUGACAUCACGAUCAAUCUUCCUGAUGCGCUAAUAGCAGGGCAUCCAAGCCUUCCUAACCUAUCGAAAUCCCGUGUAGUGCUGGUAGAUGAGACAAUCCCGAUCACAUUCGUUGCGUAUGCUUUAUCAACAUAUUCUUAUGAAGAGGAGUUGGACGGAUGGAAGCUUCAAGUCCACAAUGAAGCAGCCGAGUCAGUUGUUUCGGAAAUUAGUAUGCUCGAUUGUGCAAGCACAAACUGGUCGCGUGCAGCUCUUGAAACAAAGCUUGAUGCGCCAUUUAAAUUUACUGCAAUAGAAUUGCCGCUGCAUGUAUCGCUCCUUUCAUGCAAACCAUCAUUAUCAGUAUCAUCGUCUUGGGAAAUGUCGAUGGUAGCCUAUUGCCCACUUCAGUUCGAAAUUUUGCGAGAGCUGUUCUGUGGAGAUCUUCCCGAUUUUGUGCUCUCAAUAUCACAUGUAAUGAACUGGGAUGCAAAUGGCGGUAAAUCAGGUGCAUCUUUCUAUCGAUCAUUUGACGACCGCUUUGUUAUCAAGCACAUUUCUUCAAAAGAAUUGCAGAGUUUCUUGGGAUGCCUUCCAGGCUAUUUUAGAAAGUGGUGCGAUAUAUUUGUGUCAUGGAAAACGCGUUUUACCGUUCAGUCGAGCGAGUUUGAUGACCGAGUGCUUCUAGAUGGCAAUUUUCUUGAAUUUACGAAGGGUUACCCGAUGGGCAUUCUCGCAGAGGACCAACACUUCAUAUUAAAGGCAGUGCAGAAUGAUACUGAAUUUCUUAGCUCCAUUAAUAUCGUGGACUAUUCAAUGGUUUUGGGGCUGAGCUAUCUGCCGAAUGACACUGGAACACAGCAACGGGUGCCCUCUAAAAUGACUCUCGGCAUCAUUGACUAUCUGCGCCAAUUUGAUCUGAUCAAGCGGGUGGAAAGUGUCGGCAAAUCUGUUGAUAUUCACAUGCCCCGGCGCGCGGUCUUGUGCGACCGUCCCUUUAUUACAUACCCAACAAGAGAUCGUCUGUAUGGUCUCUGCUGGAGACCAGAUGUGAGCUCCCUACGCAUCGCCGCGUCAACCUUUAUUCCGGGCGAAUACGCAAAUAAGAUCGAGAUCUUUCACCCGACGGCGAACCAAAAAGAGAUUGUCUCUGCUCUUGAGAUUGACCACCCUUAUCCGCCCACCAAGAUUAUGUGGUCACCGGCCUCACUUGGCUCACAUGUGGAGCUGCUUGCCACAACAGCGGAUUUUUUGCGUCUUUGGACGAUCUCGGACUCGACCAUCGAACUACACUCAAGAUUUACUGGAAAAAAGAGCAACAAUAAUGCUUGCGCUCCUCUAUCAAGCUUUGACUGGAAUGAGGUGGAGCCCAACAUUAUUGGAACAUCGAGUACAGGAAAUACGUGCAUCAUUUGGGACAUUAACCAACCAACGUCGCCUAAGAACCAAAUCGUGACGCAUGACACGGAAGUAUACGAUAUAGCAUUUUCGAGUGCUGAUUCAAACAAGUUCGCUUCAGUUGGAGGUGACGGAUCGAUGCGAGUGUUCGACUUGCGAGCAUUAGAAUCAAGUACCAUUGUAUACAAAACGCCAUGCGAGACGCCUCUGCUCAGAUUAGCGUGGAACAAAAGGGACGACCGAUUUAUUGCUACAUUCGCGGACGACAGCACCAAAAUUUCAGUGAUCGAUCUUCGACGCCCCAUCUAUCCCAUGGCAGAGUUAGACCAGCAUAAAGGGGGCGUAAACUCAAUGUCCUGGUCUCCUCAUUCACGAUAUGACCUGUGCAGCGCCGGCGAAGAUAAUACUGCAAUCGUUUACGAUAUUUGCGCCCAAAUGACUCGGUCGGGGGACAAUGCAGAAGGACCCUGCUACACAUUGUUGAAAUCUGACGAACCUAUUAAUCAGAUCCGGUGGUCACCAACGGAACCGAACUGUGUUGCAUUAUGCGACGAGAAAGCUCUUCAUGUAGUUCAGAUGUAG